AGAACAUUGAUGAGAUACCUCAUGAAAAUGAGGCGAAAAUCAAGUAGAAUGUGUGCAUUGAUGACCCAUAAGCAAAUGACAGAGAAGCAUGUACUGGACAGGUGGAGAAGAACUCCAGGGAAAACGUCUAUCAUUCGGCGAUACACUGAGGGCUACUUCUCCCCCAAUUACAAACUGACCAUUGGAGUGGAUUUUGCCCUGAAGAGCAUUGACUGGACUGAAUCGACCAAAGUUAGCUUACAGCUGUGGGAUAUUGCUGGACACGAGCGUUUUGGACACAUGACCUGAGUAUACUACAAAUAUGCAAUUGCUGCCAUUGUUGUAUUUGAUUUGUCCAGACCAGCAACAUUUGAUGCUGUCAUAAAGUGGCUGGAUGAUGUAAACUCCAAGGUGAUGUUAGCCAACGAACAACCAGUACCUGUCCUGCUACUAGCAAACAAGAGUGACAUUGAAGAAGUCAGUAUAAAUACGGAGCAAAUUGACAAGUUUUGCAAAGAACACAAAUUCAUUGCUUGGUUUCCAACAUCAGCAAAAACAAACACAAAUAUUGAUGAAGCCAUGAACUUCCUGGUUAAGUUUAUCUUGGACCUUCCAGAAGAAAGUCAUCUGCCAGCUCCUGAUCGACAUUCAUUGCCCAACUCUCUCGUUUCCUCCAUGGAUAAUUCCUAUACCAGAAGUCUGACUGACAAAGACAUGCCAAAAAGAUGGUACUGCUGCAGCUGAGAGUACAUUGCAUUGCCUGUUUAUACUGAGAAUUCUUGUGCUUUUGCUUUGGAAAUGCUAGUGUAUGCUCUUUUUCUUGUUAUUCUUUUAUGUCUUCAGGUAAUGAAGGCACUUGAAAAUUAAAAUAUUUAUGUAACUGAUUGAGCCAUAAAUACAUAUUUAAUAUAUAUCUUGUUACUUUUACACAGAAACAUGACAUCUAAAAUUAUAUAGCUCUAUAUAUAUGUAUACACGUGUUGUAGGUCACAAUGUAAUUAUACUACUUGUGGGGGUUUUCCAGAAAAGCAAGUAAGUAAAUUUACAUCUCAUUGAGAGCCUCUGAUGAUAAAAGACUUGAAUAUUGCUUGUUGCAAUCAAGGACAAGCAAAGCCUAGUGCUUUCAAACAAACUCUAAAGGCCAGACUUCAAAAAUACAGCAAGUUAUGCUUGAAAAGAAACAAAAAGAAUUUAUAAUGAAGCUCAUGUGAUAAAAUAUUUCUAACUUGGCAUAUACCCUACUGUUUACUUCUUUUUAUUUUUCCUUGGUUUUGAAAGAAGCACAGCAAUAAAAUUGCUUUGAAUAUGAAAUGAAUUAAACAAUUUACUUGAAACGGUAGAGAAUUAUUUUACAAACUUUUUCCUUUUGGUUGGUCUGUACUGCAUACUCAAUAAAUGUACUGAGAAAAUUGUAUCAACAGCUUUGAUGUCUGAAGUCUAUGUUACCUAUGGAGAUCUCAUUUUGUAGAUUUUCAGUUUAGUAAUUAUAAAAAAUUGCCUAACAUGAAUUUCUAAUUUAUGGUUUUGUGACUGUACUGAUAAAGACAUUACUAUUUUUAAGGAAAAGAAGAAAACACAAGGUAUUUGAUGUUCUUACACAAAGAUAUAAAGCACUAUCUUGAAUUGCCCCUUGGGAUCAAUAAAGUUGUAAUCAAAUACAUGGUGUAGGCCCCCUCAGCAAGCUUUCUGAGUGUAAAAAUAGUUUUAUGUGAACGACAUAUUUAUAGGUUGUGCUUGAGUACAGAAUUUUUUUAAUCUGUACAUUUAAAAAUGGCUCUUUAUGUUUAAAAGUGUGGAAUUAUUUACUUUAUUUUUUGGGGUGGGAGGGAGGAGGUGGGAGGUAGAGUCUGGUCAAAGUGACAAAUUGAUCCAGUUUAUUUUUAGAUUUCUACUUUUGGAAGGGUGUGACCAAAUGGCAGUGGGCUUGCAGACCACUGAGUUUCAAUAUCUGGCGAUUUGUGCCACUGGUGAAUGAUUGAUUCUGUUAUGAUGGUGCUUAUCUACAUUGUGCACACAUCUGUUAUUUGUUGACCUCAAAGCUUUUCUUUUUUUUUCUUUUCACGUGUACCAAAAAAAAAACAAACAAACAAAAAAAUAACCAACAUUUAUGUAAAAAUACAACCGAUGCAUGUUGUUGAGAGUUUGAAGUGUGACAGACUUUUAAUAAAAUGCAUGCCAU